AUGUCGGGUCAGGUGUUUGACGAGUACUUCCGAGAGGGCUGUGGAUGUCAUCGCAAAUGCAACGAACGGUUCCCCAAAUUCAUGGCAUUUGAGGCCCAUUUGGAUGCGUUGGACGCCGACCAGUACUGUCCGGAUCACAUCAAUCACCAACAUUUGCUACUUCUUGGAGCCAUGAACUCAUUGGUUCAAAACCAUCCGACGACUAUCGCUAAGGAGCACCGGCCGAAAGACCGUAAGAACGCGAGGACUCAGUUCCGAUUCCGGGGUCAAGAGGUUUGUCGCAAAUUCUUUCUGUUUGUCUUCGGAUGCGGCGAAAAGCGGGUGAAGAAUGUGAUGAAACAGUUCCUCAAUUCCGGGAUCUCUCCCAAAGCCCACGAAAGCGCGCAGUCGACCAAAGAGAUCAUCAAAUCCGAUGCCAACCAUCAGCGCAGGGAUGCCGUCGUAUUCAUCAGGAACUACGCCGAACAGCACGCCCUACAACUCGCGGGCCGGUAUGUGGCACCCGAUGGUGCCGUUAAGGAUCUCUUCCUAUUGCCAGCCGUGGCUAAUAUGACGCGGAAAUACAUUUACGAUCAGUACAUGAUUUGCUGUCGCGAUCUCAAGCGGGAAGGCGUCUCCUUUGCCUUAUGGGGUGCGCUCUGGGACUGGCUCUGCCCUAACGUAAUGGUCCCUAAAAACAAGUAUGAGAUCUGUCGUGAAUGUCGUGAACAUCAGUAUAUUAUCUCAAAACCGGAACCACUGAAUGAGAACCGAAAACUGCGGUCCACUGAGCGAUAUAUCCAUCACUUGUCGCAAAUACACCACGAAUUGUCUUAUUAUAAGUCUUUGGUCGACGCGUGCAAACAGGCGCUCCUCCAGUGCCAGACACCGACGCCCACAUCGGGUGGUGUCGUACCCGCUAUGGACAGGCCGUACCCGAGUUCUAUGCACUACACGUUUGACUGGUACACCACUGUCUCCCUGCCCUACGCCAGCCGUCUGUCCUCCGUAUACUUCCACUCUUCAUACAAAGUCUCACUUUUUGGCGUUUGUGUCGAACCCUUAGAGAAGUUCUAUCUCUAUAUCAUUCCCGAGUUUAUUGUGGGAAAUGGAGACAAAUUGCCGGACAUUACGGUCUCAUUGAUCAACCAUUUCUUCACUAACUAUGCACUCAAUGAGACGCAAACGUACUGUCAUUUUGGCGACAAUUGUGUCCAACAGAGCAAAAACAAUCACAUCCUCUCGUACUUCAUGUGGAGAUCAGUGACAGGUCUGAAUGAGAAGAUAAUCCUGUCGUAUAUGCCGAGCGGACACUCCCGGUGUUGGAACGACCUGUUUAUGGGUGUCUUCAAGAAGAAGUUCCGCAAUUGUGACAUAAAUAGUCUGCAAGACGUCUACCAAAUCGCUGAGCGCUGUUGCGGUCCAUCCAAUGCCAUAACACCUAUUCUUGUGGGCAAUGAUAGCGGAGACAUAGAGUUCCCACUCCUCGACUGGAACGACAAGUUCUCUCAUAUCAACAAUUUGGACGCAAAUAUACUUAUGGCUAACAAUCACUUCGAGAUCAGUAACGAAGUGCCGGGACUUGUGUUGUGUCGCCGGUUAGUCAACUCAGACACCAUUUCCUAUGCUCUCAUCGCUAACGAAGACUUGGAAUCAAUUUCUGGUGAUUUACCCGAAUGUCUGGAGAUCGAAGGCAUGCCUUUCGAGCGCCGGAAGUAUUUGUUCGACACUAUCAGCGAAUUCACGCCAAAUAAAUACCAUUCGUUGAUAUGUGCCGAUCCGGAAAUGGAUUCAAUUGGUCCCAACAUUAUCCGGGUCGAUGCCAACGAUUCAAACACUAGGAAAAGUAUAUUUACGCCGAAGAAUAAGAAGAUAAAAGUCGAGAAAAAGGAGUCCAAGAGUUCAUCGGUGGGUGAGAGCGGAUCCAAACGCAAGAGAGCGGGUCCUCCGAAGUGUAGUUACUGUAAAGGCGUCGGACAUCGGGAGAGGAUUUUCGGCAAAACGACGUGUCCUAAGAAGAAACGCGAUUCACUGCUACUGACCAACACUUCGGCCACCGGUGUGUCCACUCUUAUCACUGCAGUUCCCACACAACUCAUGACCGCAGAGGUGGGCGCCGGUGAUGGCGGCGAAGUCCGCACCAAACAGUUGAAGCAGAGUUUAGACACCGAUUCGACACAAGAAUAACAAUAUAUUCAAUCAAUUCGUGAGACUAUUAGACAAUAAGUCUGAAUAUAUUUCAAUCAUAUCUCCAUUUAUU